UUAAUUUUUUAACAUCAAGCAAAUAUAUCUAAUAUGAUAAAUUAAAAUUAUAAAUUGAAAAGACAACAAAUUAACGUUACAAAUUAAGGUACUUUAAAUUUAUAUAGAUCUUUAAUUAACUCCACAAACCGGACGUGGGAUUCGAACCCAAGAAUGUUUACAUUUUUCUUCUUCAACACGUAACAAUGGUUAGGGCUUUGCUUUGUUGUAUUUUAUUGUUUAUAUCAUAGCUUAUUGUUAAUCAGAUUUAAGAAUCAUCAUGUUUAGUUUAUAUUUAAUAUUAAACUGCCUUAUAACGGUCAGCUGUACUACUUUAUUUGAUAAUGUCGAUUUAUACCGUUUUAAAGAAGGCGAACAGCAUUACGAUCUUAUCAAUCAACGAAGUGCCCUUCCUGAUUAUGGACGGUGUUGGACUAACACUAUUAAUUCGAUUAUUACCGGUUGUAAGAAAGUUACCGAUAAGAUCCAGACACGUCUAUCACUUUUAUACCUCAAUUGUUUCCUCGAAGGACAAAAGCGCAUGUAUUACCCGUGUCCACCUGACCAACCCAUCGAUAUAUGCACACAGAACAUGACCGAAGGUGAUCGAGCGAGUCUGGCCACUUUUUUCAUUCAUACUCAGAACAUUUGUUAUUUUCUGGAAAUUAAAUAUUGGAACCAACACACAGAAAGGACAAUCCAAAAAUUAUCUGAUACAUCUGAAGACAUCGCUACCCAGUUAGAACAAUCGUUUGAACUCCAGAAUGAUAUGGUAAAGAAACAAAUCGAAACAGUAAUCAAUCAAAAAGAAAUAUUGGACCAAACAAUCAAUUUAAAUGGGACAAUAUUUUCCACAUCUUCCAACAUAGCAAAGACACUUCUGGAAUUCCAACGUAUAACACUUGAACAAACUAUUUCCACUAAAGAUAUCUUCUCACGGGUAGCCAAACUCAACAAUGUAUUUAUUGAAGUAAUAUCUGAUAUUUAUUCUGUUGUUUUCUACUUGUUCGUGUUUUUACUCUGUUAUUUAUCAACCUCCACACCAAGAACUGCUAAAGCUCGACUAUCCUUAUUUGUCGUAAUAAUUUUUAAUUUUGCCUCAGAAAAGCUUAUGGUUUAUUAUAAAAAUUUACCCAACUCCGAAGGCAUCAUAAAUGAAAUCAAUUUCAAUGAAAUCUAUGAGAUGCAAUGGAUUUAUCGCAAAAUCUACUGCCUUGUUGGUUUGUGCAUUUUCAUACAUUCGGUUUGGAGUUACACAGAUGUGAACCAAGAGAAUUAUAAUAUUUUAAAUGAAAUCAAAUCUGAACUUGCAACUUUGAAAAUGUAUUCGAAGAGAUCUGGUUAUGAGAGUGAGGAUGAAGAAAGUUCCCACAGUACUACAUCAGUGAGCAGUGAUACCACAUAUUUUCCCAGUUCAACGUCACAACGUUCAUCCAGUCGGUCGAGUUUGGCGUCACUCCUUGAUGAACUGAAGGAAUUAAGAGAAGAAGAACUUCAUCAUAGCAAUCUCCAGCGCAGUCAAUCUUUCCAUGCCUAUCCUGUUAACACUUGCCCACCUUUACAGAGACAUUUCUCAGAUAUUUUACCACGUCAGGUAUGUCUUAUGUCUGUUCUUUAGUUAGAGUGGAGGCAAAGUGGCUGAGUUCCUUUUGAAUGUUGGGCCUCACAGAGGGAAAGUGGCUGAGUUCUUUUUGAAUGUUUGGCCUCACGGGGGCAAAGUGGGCCUCAGAGAGGGAAAGUGGCUGAGUUCUUUUUGAGUGUUUGGCCUCACAGAGGCAAAGUGGCUGAGUUCCUUUUGAAUGUUGGCCCUCAGAGAGGGAAAGUGGCUGAGUUCUUUUUGAAUGUUUGGCCUCACGGGGGCAAAGUGGCUGAGUUCCUUUUGAAU